AUGCUGUUGGAGUGCGCCGUCGCCGCCUUGCUGGUCGCGCUGGGCGCCAGUCACCUGCCGAGCAGCCCCCGGAUCCGCGCCGGCUGGGCAGGAGGGAAGCGAUUCCCCUUUACCACCAAAGAACAACAUGUGACGCUAUACCAUGAAAACGGGGCCUCUUCUGUUUUUGUGGGUGCAGUGAACAAGCUUUACUACUACGAUUUUGAAACCUCCAAAAGCUACGUGGAACCUUUUGAAGUAACACACUCCAAAUGUAGUAAUCCGUCACACGCUCAAAACUAUCUCACGCUCGUGGCGAACUUCAAGGGGAAGCUGUUGGUCUGUGGGAGUAACGCCUGUUCUCCGACCUGUUGGUAUUGGGUAGACGGGAAGAAAGAGCCGGGAAUUAAAGCUUUGGGGCUGGCCCCCUUUUACCUGGAACAAAAUUCGUUUGUCCUGUUUUAUGAAGACAACAUCUACUCAGCCAUCAGUAAGAACGGGGAGAACCUGAUUCGUUUUCGCCGAGUGAGAGGGCCAUGGGAUCUUUUUUCUUCGGAUAAGCUGUGGAGCAAACCGGAACUUGUGCAGGGGGCCAUCAUCAAGAACGAGGAGGCAUACAAGGACAAAAUCUAUAUCUUCUUCAAGGAGGAUAAUCCGGAGUGGUCCAAGAAUGUGGAAGCACCGAAACGUAUCUCCAGGGUGGCUCAGCUAUGUGCGGGAGACGGAGGAGGCACCGGCGGCUUGUCUUCUUCCAAGUGGUCGACCUUCCUGAAGUCCACGAUGCACUGCUUUGACAACAAGACUGACCGCCACUUCCAUCUCGUGCAAGACAUCUUCGUUGUCCACUCUGAGGACUGGGCCGAAACGAAGAUAUAUGGGUUGUUUUCAAAUGAGUGGGGCUAUUCUGCGGUCUGCGUCUAUUCUGUCGGAGACAUUACGAAAAUCUUUGAAACGUCGCCUCUCUUGGAUUUCACUGGUGCAUUUCCCGGUUUGAGGCCUGGGACGUGUAUCAGAGAAGGGAAGCCGACUCCUGCUUAUACCCAGAAAGUGGGCACCAAUCACCCUGAAAUGGAGCAGAAGGUGAAGCCGAGAGACAUUUUAUUUCACAACAAGCAUCGCUACCAGAAAGUUGUGGUCCACUCAGUCCAGGCGGCGGAUGAGCAGGUGUACAACGUCCUUUACUUGACUACAGAGAACGGAACCAUCCAUAAGAUUGUCAGUUUACCGGACGGCCCCAUGAAUAUCCUGGAGAUCCAGCCUUUUGCAAUCCCUGCCGCUAUCCAGUCCAUGGUUUUGGACAGUACCAAGAACGUGCUGCUCGUGGCUUCGGAGAACGAGGUGGUUGAGCUGCCGUUGGCCAUGUGUGAGGUUUAUAAGGACAACUGUGAGAGCUGCGUCCUGGCGAGAGAUCCCUACUGUGGGUGGAUCGAUAAGAAAUGCACCUCGGUUUAUACCACCAGAGAAUCGUUGCAGUCCCUGACCUCCAAAGUUCCUCAAGACAUCUGCAGCCAGCACAGCUCUUUUAGCACCGGAGAGCCUCCAGAGGUGACUUGCACAAGAGUUCCCCUGUCGUCUCGCUACUAUCUGAACUGCUCCCUCGAAUCCCACCACGCCAUCUACACCUGGGUCCACCGGGACAACGUUGUGGCGCACUGCGUCCCCGACAAGGAUCCCUGCACCCAUUUUAUCGACCAGGUCUCCACAGACUCUGAGGGGGAAUAUGCAUGCGUUUCCCGGGAACACUGGUUCGAGCAGACGCUCGUCACUCGGUGCCUGACCGUGGUGCCGCCCGCCGAUCAGCAGACGGAGACGCCCAGCGGUGACCAGGUUUUGGCUAAUUUCAGGGAAAGCAAACUGCUCGAUUCCUCCCCGACGGAACUGAAGAUGGUUCACUCGAUGGGGCCACAAGAUAACCGGGCCACCGCAACAUCAUUUUCGUUCUGGCUCAAACUACUGCACACAGUGGUGGUUUUCGUUCUUCUCAAAUGA